CGCGGGGGCGGCGCGGCCGGGCGCGCGCCGAGCGGAGCGGCGGGCAGCGGGGCGGCAUGGCGUGGCCCUGCAUCAGCCGCCUGUGCUGCCUGGCGCGGCGCUGGAACCAGCUGGACCGCUCCGACGUGGCCGUGCCGCUGACCCUGCACAGCUACUCGGACCUCGAGAGCGACGAGCCGGCCUCGGGCAGCGCCGCCUCGCGCCGGGGCGCGCCGCCCGCAGGUGCCCGGGAGCCCGGCCGCGACGUGCCGCUCACUCAGUACCAGCGGGACUUCGGCAUGUGGACGGCGCCCGCGGCGCCCCGAAAUGCGGCGCCGGGCCGUGCGGCGGGGGCGGGCGGCCGCCGGGCCAGAGCCGCGGCGCCCCCCGGGCCUCGGGCGGUCUACGUGCUCCCCGUCGGCGAUGCGGACACGGCGGCGGCAGCCACCACGUCGUACAGGCAGGAAUUCCAGGCCUGGACUGGUGUGAAGCCCCCCAGACCCACCAAGGCCAAACCCGCCACUGUGGUCACCACCCGCACCUCUGGAUGGGAUGGCAGCAACCCGGGGGCCGGUUUUCAGGUCCCUGAGGUGAGGAAGAAGUUCACCCCCAACCCCUCAGCCAUCUUCCAGGCCUCGGCUCCCCGGAUCCUCAAUGUGUGACGGCCACCGAGAGGAAGGCCUCGGGCGGAUCAGACCAGAGCCCCAGGCAGCUCGGAGGCACCAUUAAGGGGGGACACCCCUCUCCACACGCAGGGGCGGCAGGCCUGGCACAGAGCAGGGACAGAGGGACAGUGACCCUGGCCCCCACCCGCCUCGCCUUCCAAGAGAGGCUCCACCCCUGCCGCCAUCCUUCACUUGCAGAGUCUCGUGGCUCAGUUCUUCUGGGACGUGAUGCGGCCCCCAGGGGCUGAGGAAGAGGGGCCUCAGGGGUCCUGGGUAGGGCCAGUUUUCCUAGGCUGCAUGAGAAUUUCCUAGCCUGCUGCCCUCCACCGGACCACGCCGGGGAGCCCUGGGGGCCGGUGUGGCCGUGGACAGCCGGGGCAGUCACCUGCAUGGUGUCACCCAGUGUGGCUGGGUGGCCAGAAGCUGCGCCCCUGAGGAAGUCUCACCCAGGGUUCUUUUCCGAAGCAGCAUUUCCACAGGACCGACACCCUUAGGUCUUGUCUUGGGGGGUGUAUGUAGGGGGGGUGCAUGAGGGUGAAGGAGCAAAGGACGUUCUGGUUUCUAACCUGAUCCAAUCCCAGUCCCACAUCAUGGCUGGGGCGUGACCCUACACUGGCUUGGAACUGGGGGUGCCCUGAGGCACCUCAUCAGACUUUGGAAGACCCUGAGAGACGGCCCCGCGCCCCUUCUACUCAGGGUGCCCACUCUCAGGCUCGGCUCACCUUGUCUCCUGAUUUUUGUAACAAAUUCCAGCCGGUGUCAGCCUGGGCCCUGCACCCCACCAUUCAGUAUCUGAAGGCCCGCUCGGUCCAAUCGGAGACCAUGGCUGGAGGCUGCAUAGAAGGGAAGGCCCUUGCCUUGAAUGUGGCUGUGGUGAGCUUGAGCCUGGUUCAAAUCCUUGGCACCAUCAGAUGGUCACUGAGCACCACCUAGGGUCACCACAGAGCAAGGUGUGGCCUGAAAGUCAGAGAGAUGCAAGGCAAGAUUCGGGUGCUUCUGGUCAGAAGCUCACAGGAGAGCAGCUGUGGGGUGCAGGGGUGGCCGCCUGGGGCUGCACAGAUGGCCCCUCAGGUGCUAGCACUGCGGGCACAGCCAUGUGAGACCCUAAGCCCACACGUACAGGGGGUUCCCGCCCUGCAGGUGCCUGGGUUUGCAUGUCGGCUACUCCCGCGGGCCCUCUGUGGGGCCUGGGCAGAGUUAACAGUACAAUCUCAGAUGUUACUAAACUGCGGAAAUGUACGCCUCAGAUUCCUUGUUAAUUUAUUUCCUGGCAUCAAUGACAAACCAACCCGA